AGAAGAAUUGGGUUCUAUUUAUUAAACGAACGCCUGUAGUAAUGCAGUAUCUGAUCUACACUUGGUAAUAUCGUAAUAUCUAUGUACCGCUUUCUUUGUAUUCGCACCGCUGCUGAAUUCAAUCACGUGUCGGGUUUUCUCUGUGUUUGCAAUCUUCGGGAUGGCGGAGGAGCGGCGAUGAUUCAAUCUGAUAGUUUAUGAAGAUUUCUUUUUGUUUGUAUGCGUUUGUGUAUAACCUCAAGAACAACGGAACUUUCGCACGAUGGAUGGAGGAAUGGGAGAUUGUAGCGACCUGGACAGGCAAAUCGAACAAUUACGGCGUUGUGAAAUAAUAAAAGAGUCCGAAGUCAAGGCGCUAUGUGCGAAAGCACGAGAAAUCCUUGUGGAGGAGAGCAACGUCCAGAGGGUGGAUUCACCGGUGACGGUGUGCGGUGACAUCCAUGGACAGUUCUACGACCUAAAGGAGCUCUUCAAAGUUGGAGGCGAUGUUCCCGACACAAACUACCUUUUCAUGGGCGACUUCGUCGACCGAGGUUUCUACAGCGUGGAAACGUUUCUCUUACUCCUUGCUCUGAAGGUACGAUAUCCAGACCGCAUCACGCUAAUCCGCGGCAAUCACGAAAGCCGUCAGAUCACGCAGGUGUACGGCUUCUACGAUGAGUGCCUCCGUAAAUACGGCUCUAUUACAGUUUGGAGGUAUUGCACAGAGAUCUUCGACUACCUGUCUCUCUCUGCGGUCAUCGAUGGAAAGAUCUUCUGUGUCCACGGUGGGCUUUCUCCGUCAAUCCAGACACUGGACCAAAUUCGGACCAUUGACCGCAAGCAGGAGGUGCCACACGAUGGCCCAAUGUGUGACCUUCUAUGGUCUGACCCUGAAGAUACACAAGGCUGGGGUGUGAGUCCAAGAGGUGCAGGUUACUUGUUUGGCAGUGACGUGGUUUCCCAGUUUAACUCUACCAACGACAUCGACAUGAUCUGCCGUGCCCACCAGUUGGUCAUGGAGGGCUACAAGUGGCACUUCAAUGAGACUGUACUCACUGUGUGGUCAGCACCAAACUACUGCUACAGGUGUGGGAAUGUUGCUGCCAUCUUAGAGUUGGACGAACACUUGCAGAGGGACUUUACGAUCUUCGAAGCCGCACCUCAAGAAAGCAGAGGAAUUCCAACCAAAAAGCCACAACCAGAUUAUUUCUUGUAAUGACAUCUCUCCCCCCUUUUUUCUUCUUUUUUUUUUUUUUUUAAGGAUGUCGAAGUUCCUUAACUUCACUCAUUCAUUGGGCAAACAUUGUCAUGAAAAGAAUUCCCUGUUUUGCCGUCUGUACUCCUUUUUUUAAGUCGGCUACCCCACCACACUAUUUUGAGAAGCCUUUUCAAAGCCAGUAGUUGUACAGUUUAGUUGAAGGUUAUUGGUUACAUGUCUCAAGUUUUACAUUGCACUUCUUUAAUUGAGCAACUGAAAUAAACAGAGGUUUAAUAAAAUU